GGGCGAUCUAGGGAGUGGAGGAGAGAAAGAUAUGGUCCCACAAGAGAGUCCAAUCCUCACACACUUCACACACACACACACACUCUCUCACACUGUUUUGCCGAAGAGUGGAUUACUUUUUUAAAUCAAGCCGAUGCGUGAUCAGGUGGCCGCCUGUCCCAGCUGCCUCAAGGUGUGACAUGAACCAUGGAGGAGCGCAGAGGUCCACUUGCUAACUCGCCUCGCAGCCUUCUCACUCCCCGGAGCCCGGUGGGGUCCUGCAGCAUGCAGCUGGCGUCUCACUAGCACCAAGUGGACCCGGUCCUGUCCUUUUUUUCGUGGGGCCGGGGCUGCAGAAUGCUCAGUCCUGUCACUCCUUACACAGGUCUGUUGAAGAUGCACUGGUCUCCGGAGCACACCGCCCCUCUAUCUCAGUGGCCUGAGCAGCACCUAGAUGUCACCUCCACCACAUCACCCCCGUCUGUCCACAAACAUGAACCCUAUUCCGCCGCUCGCCGCAAUUACGCCCACGCCGGUUACCCUUGGGCCAGUGACGACAUAUCAGCCCUGACAGCUUCUUCGCUUCUCAAGCGUUAUGCAGAGAAAUACACAGGCCUGGACCUGCCCUACGAGCGUCCUGCCACAGGGGCCUACACAGAGCCUGGCGCUUUCCUCAAAACAGAAUCUGAUCCCUGGGCUAUCAGCCAGGGCAUCGAGUGCUACCCCGGGCUUGAAGCACUAACUGGCACCAAGAUGGGCUCCGGCAUUCCCGCCACAGGAAGUGUGACUGUUGUGAGCAGUAACUCAGCCUCAGACACAGGCUACAGUGGCACCAGCCCUUGCAGUGCCCCAUCAUCACAGGACUAUCCUCCUGCCUACAACAGCACAUACCUCUCCUCAGGAUAUUGCCCUCAGCCUGGCACAGCACUUCCCCCUGCCCCUCUUCACACUUUGCAGGCAACACCCACUCUCGUGCAUAGCUAUAGCGCCAGCACUCCGGUCUACAACUACCCACCGGGCUGCUAUCCCCAAAACAGCCUCUCUUCUGGAUACAGCCACCCCAGUGCCUCCUAUCUACCCUCUGGGAUUAGUACCCCUACUCCACUGACCCCCAGGCCCACUAUGAUGGGGGGCAGUUACGGCUACCCAUCUCACAGCCUGGGAGCAGGUGCCGAGGCUGGAACAACGCUGAAACGCAAGGCCUUUGCGAUGGGGGAGGAUGAACAAGAGGAAGCUGAGGUGGAGGGAUCGCGCUAUAGAAAGUACGGCAACGGCGUCAGCAAAGGCAGCAACUAUGACGUCAGUGGCUCAGGUUCUGAUCCGCAGGCCUACAAACCCGCAAAGUCCCUUGUGUCACCCUCUUAUCGUGGCACAGGAGAAUACAGCCCCCAGUCCGGCCUGCCCGUGGAGAGUGUGUCAGGGGAGCACAGCUUUUCUCAGCAGAGGAUGUCUAUGAAGAUAGCGGCAUCACACACACAAGCUGAGGACCCUACUGGAGGCCAUUACGAGAUUCCCUCACAGCUGAAAACCAAAAACACAUAAUUUUCAACUACAAGUGGGCACAAGAGCCAAGUUUAUGAUUAUCCUUGUCUUUUUCCAUGUUUUCCCAAAGAUAGACGGUGCAUUGGAUCCUGUAAGGUGUAUUCUGUUUAUGUUGUCUAUACAUUUUCUGCAUAGGCAGCAUUUACGGUAUCUUAGGAUCUAUUUAUUUCCUUCCAGCAGUAGAAAUGCUGUUUUGUUUUGUUUUUUAAUGGCAGCGAGUGUAAUGAUAUAUGGCCCUAAACAGCAAUGUUCUCUACCAGCCCACAGAGAUCAUUUCGUUACCAAAAAGUAAGGAAAGCAAUAACUCAAAAGUUGAGGUGGUCAUGCUGUUUCAACACAAUCAUGACCAUUUGUCCUUUUUUGCGUUCCCUCUUAUUUUUCUGCUAGCCUGCAUCUUGUUUCCCACUCAAUGCUACUGUUGUCCAGGCAUGCGGCUGAAAUUAACCUGGCCUUUAAGUUGUUUCAGUGCAAGAUGUCAUCGCUGCACUUUGAGUGUUUUUGGCAUUGACAAAGUCAGUAUACUUAAUAGGGGUGUAACAGUACGCCAUAAUCAUGGUUCGUGGGUACAGUGAAGGAACAAAUGCAAAGCAUAAAAUUGCAAAGCUUGUAUGUAGGGGAGGCAUGGUUCAGGUGGUACAGUCGUCUCCCAACUUGAUGGUUGCUGGUCCGAUCCUCUGUCCUCCCGUGACGACGUUGAAGUAUCCUUGGGCAAGAUAUGAACACCUAGUUGCUUCUAAUGCUGUGUUAUGAGUAGGUGAAUGAGGUAACAGUGUCAAAGCACUGAAUACCGUAAAGGUAUACAAGCUACUGUAUACAAGUAUAUAACAGCUUUAAUGAUUUUUUUUCAAUGAAACAUAAGGAACUGCAAAAUGCUGAGAAUUAAUUAUUGAAUAUUAUAAUUCUCAAUUAAAAUACAAACAUUAAACAAGAAAACUCAGAUAUCAUUAUAUAGUGGUAUAUACAGUGGUAUGAAAAAGUUGGGCAGUCCUGAUAAUUUUCAAGAUUUUCCUUGAUAAAUCAUUGGUUGUUUGGACCAGCAAUUUGAGUUGAACACAGUUGGCAAGAAUCCGCUGAUACUGACUGGUAUCCAUGCGACCUUCAACUUGAACAGGAUUGCCAGUACCUACACUUGCCACACAGUCCCACAGCACGAUGGAACCACCACCAAAUGUUACUGUGGGAAGCAAGUGUUUGUUCAACUGUUUUGUUCUUACGGCCCCUUGUUAUUUCCAAAUAACUUUAGCUUCAUCAGUCCACAGAGCCUUAUUCCAAAAUGAAGACUUGUCCAAAUGUGCUUCAGCAUACCUCAAACGCCUCAGUUUGUGGCAUGUACACAAAAGGCUUGGUCCGCAUGACUUUCCCAGACAGCAUCCCUCUGUGCAAAGUGUGCUGAAUAGUUAAAUGAUGCACAGUGACACCAUCUGCAGCAAGAUCAAGAUUUCAUAUGAUUGGCUUAUGAAGGUCAAGGGUCAAUGAGUUUACCAAACAAAUUUUGUGGUCCAAUAAUUAGUGCUAAAGGUAUUCAAAUCAAGAAAACAGCAAGGGUGCCCAAAUCUAUGCACCUGUUUAAAUAAUUACUGCACACUUUCUGUAAAUCCUACACUUCUCAUCUAUCACUUCUCAUCUAUCACUGUGUUCAUCUUCUAUAUGAUAUAUUAACUGAAAUUGCUGGCCCCAACAACCAGUGAUUUAUAACGGAAAAUCUUGAAAAUAAUCUGGGGUGCCCAAACUUUUACAUACCACUGUGUGUGUAUAUAUUAAUAUAUAUAUAUAAUAAAAUAUAAUAAUAUAAUAUAUAUAAUAAUAAUAAAAAAAUAACAUAGCAGCGUUUCCCAUAGGACGGCAAUGCAUUUGUGGCAUUGUCAAAUCACCGUUGGGUAAUUUGAAUAAUUGCCCAUGAUGCAUGCGCAUGUAAUUAUUUAUGCAUGCCGUGGGAGACCAAAAGUGGGACAAAACAGAACAAAUAUUUUUAGAAACACAAAUGAACUUUUUUCUGCUGCUUCUUUUGUUCCCUUUUUGUUCUCUUGUUUUCUUAUGUCAAAAGCAAGAGCGAGAAGAAGAGCUAGAGGACUCAAAAUAUUAAUUUAACACACUUAUAAAUAUAUAUCUAUAUACACACACACAUACAUAUACGUACAUACAUUUGCAAAACUGAUCCCUCAUCGUCUUAUUCUUUGACAGAUGGUGAAGUAUAAUAACUAGUUACAAUGUUAUCUACUCUUCAGUUUAUUAUAAAAGACAAAGGGAUAAUGAAAAAUAAUUAAUUAAAAAUAAUUUAUAAUGAGCAGGUAGCGCUAAUUUUAUUUGUGAUGACCCUAAUGUAUUAGUGCUGGGCCGCCACAAAUAAAUUCAUGGGAAACACUGUAUAUAAUUGUUUACAACAACCGAACGUUCCAUACCGAAAAAGCCAAUUUCAUAUAUACGUACUGUUACACCCCCAAUACUUUGGGGCAUAUUGUUUACAUGCAGGUGCUGAAGAGCAUUAUUGUUUUUAAAAGCCUUUCUACAAGAAUCCAGCUUAUAUUUUGACUAUGAGCAACAAUCAUGCAACAUACUGCUGAACUUAGCAGCAAACCGCUUGUGUUUCCAUGCACACAAGACUUGCAUUAACUUUUUUUUGCCUCUGGAAAGGAAUAUUUGUUGUCAUGUUAUUGUAUACUCAGGAAGAAUAUUAUUACCUCAGACUGAUGAUGAAUACGAAUGAAUGUUAUUACCGCUUGUAGGGAGCCCUUGGAGCCAUACUGGAGCUGUCGAAAAGCAAAACACACUUUCAACUCUUCAGGGAAUUGACAUGGCCUUUGAUAAUACACGCACACAUGUGUACACAAACACUCACAUGCACACACGGGAAAGCGGCGAUAUUUUCACCAAGGCCUGAAAUAUUGAAUGUAAUUGAGAUAUUUUUUUUAAAGAAAGGACAAUACAUGCCAUAUGGAUGACAUUUUUAGCGAUAUUAACUAUAUUUUCUUCAUGUAUAGAUGCCCUCAUAGAUUUUGGUGGAGAGAUUAAUGAUGUUAAUGUGUUUAGUGUGUGUAGUUAGCAGCAUCACUCUAUGAUAAGCAAGUGACAAACUCAAUGCUACAAUACACUAUGUUCUAUAUAGCUACGUUUAUUAAAGGUCUUAAUAAAGUCUUUGUGUUCUAAAACAGCAGCUUGUGGAACUGGAGUUGACCAUAUUGCUUCAGGACAUUUUGGGAGUACAUUUAAGAGCACAUGCUGAUUGGUUGAAGGAUUUUGGCAAAAAUAUUUUCUUUUUAAUUCAGUGUUCACGCUUGUGGUUUGAUGCUGGAAAAAAGACUGCAUUUCUCUUAGCAUUCACACUGGCAUUUUUGUCACAUGAGCAAAGGCUGCUCAGUUUAAAAAACAAAAAAUAAUGUAUUAAGUGAUGUAACUCAAAUAUUCCAAACCAAAACGCAGUCUGCUGCAUGAUAUUUGAUUGAUAUUUUUAUAUUCUGCUAAAUUUACCAUCUUAGAUUUCACCACUAAAUAAAAUAAGAGCCCCCCCCCCCAGAACUGAGCAGAACUGAGUGACUUUUCACGCAUUUUCUUUUAUGUAUUUGUAAUCCCUGCAUGCGUUUUGCAACUGCAAAAUGCACUGAUGUAUAUUUGCAGUGAUGAACUAAACAAAAGUCCAAAAUGUUAAUUAGUAAAAAAAUAAAUCAUGCAAAAUAUACCAGAAAAUAAUAAUUCAAAUUACAGAAUAAAAUGAAAAAGAAAGAAUUGUUUCUGGUGAAUUUCUCUGGAGCAGGCGCAUUCAAAAUCUACCAAGGGUAUUUGUGAAAUAUAUAUACACACACACAGACGGAGAAGACAGCAAACACUAAAUAAAUAAAAUAAAAAGUUAAUUAUGCAAGAAAAACAGCAAAUAUUAAAAUUACACAACAAAUUAAAACAGAAGAUUUAUUUCUGUAGAAUUUCUUUAGAGCAGAGGUGAUAUUCACAUACAUACUGUAAAGUAUAUAUAAAUACUGUAUAUACAGAAGGAGACAGCAUAGAAGAGCAAAAUGUAUGAUGUAUUUUCUGUAAUUUUUGCUGACAUUUGAAUACUGAUCCACACAUUGUGUUCACAUUUGAUCUGUGUCGAGUGAAACACCAGCCAUCACUUGCAAGCAGAGGGUUGGGUCUCGGAAUUGUACAGAGCAAAUGCACUAGAGUGACAAGUGUGAACGCACCUUUAACGUGUGACACAAUGAUCACACACCAAACAUGUAUUGGAACUCCCUUGGGUGCAAAGUAUUUAAACUUGCAUUUAAGCUACAAGAAUUGAUGCUCUUCAAUGUCCUCCACAAGCUGUUAGUUCUCAUUCAGUGUCCAACCCAAUAUAAAUUUCCGUGUUAUCUUUUUUUUGGUUAUUUCUUGUUGUUGUGCAUCCUCCAUAACCGUUUCUACCUCAUUUUGAAGACAUUGUACAUGGAAGUAUUUAUUUCAUGUCCUUUCAUAUGCCAGUUUAUUAGGAGCAACAAUGUUUCUCCAUUUUAACACAUUAAGAGUCUACCUCAUAAAAAAUAAAAUGAAGAUAUUGUACCAAAAAAAGAGAGAGGAAAAAAAUGACUGAAUCUGAUUUUUUUGGGAGGGGGGGGAUCUAUCAAGCCAAAAAUGUUUGAUGUUUGACUGUUGUCUUUCACUAAAAUGUAUGUUGACAACUUCA